AUGCGGAGGUCUUAUGUGUUUGGCAUUCCGUUCAAGCCGGUUUGGCUGCUGGCUGGAUUCAGCGAGGAUCGUGGAGACUACUACAUCGGCAGAGCCCGCGCUAAGCUUCCGCGCCAUGAGGAUAAAGAGAAGGAUGAGUGGUUGCAGCUGCUGGAUCUCAUGAGGCAGAACAUCUUCCCCUGGAUCGAGGAGGGGUGGAAGAAGUCAAUCUACAUCAUGGGUGGCAAGUCUGUGAGCGAUGUCUUUUCAGAGUUCGACCAGGAUCGGAACAAGAACAACAGCUUCUUCACCGCAUAUGCCCGGUUCGCGGCUAAAGGUGUGCCCGAGAUGUCUGAGUCUGCAUGCGAGCGGAAGAUGCGUCGCGUGCAGCUUGUCAUGGAAGCCGUGGAGACAUUUAGAGAAGACAGCUCCGAGGCGGCGAUCGCCGCGGCUGUUAAGCGGCUCGACGAUGUGUUCCUCUUGUGCAACUUCACCGAAUUCACCAACGGUCUGGCGGUGCUGCGUGAGACUCCCGCCAACAAGAAACAGAAAACCGGGUCGUUGACCGAGAAGAAGACCGGGAACGACGUGGCGCAACGCAGAGUGAGCUGGCUGAUAGUAAAAAUGGGGCUGCACGACGAAGCGUGGGGAACGGCGCUCUUUGGGGAUGAUGAGUGGGGGGUGAUCAACAAGGAAGAGCUGGCGAAGGAGAAGGCGGAAGAGGAGAAAAGACGAGCUGCAGAGGCGAAGAAGGCGGAACGGGAAAAGGCAAAUGCGGCUUCGUCGAACCGUUAG